UACAACAGAUUCCGAAGUCACGGCAGCUGAUACGUUUCACUACAAAAUGGCGCUUAGUACGUUAUUUGUAUGGUUUGGCUAUGUGUUGUGUAUUCAGAUUAUCCUUCCGUCGGCGCAGUGUAGUAGAAACUGCACGAAUAAUGACUAUAAGCCGUACAUAAGGCCUUGUGACAUCAAAACUCAGACUCGUUCCCUUGUCUAUUACCUCGCUUCCAAAUGCUCAGGGGGUGUACGUCCUCCAGCUCCAAAAAGCGGUUUACCCUGUAACUGCCCUCCAGGAGAAGGACUUCCUGAAAACAUCACUGCUACUCAGUGUAUGCCAUGUGAAAGUGGGUCUUAUGGGUCAGGGGGGGAAAUCAUUAACAACUGGAAAGACUGGACUAAGAAUGGUACUGUGCCCCCUGAAGGAUCAGGCAUUAUUACAUUCUGCCAAGCUGAACGUCAAUAUGUUCUACCUUGUCGUCCAUGGAAAGUAAGCGCUGAUAACUAUACAAUCAACUCAGGGGAUAAUUCAUUAACAAGAUGUAUGUCAUCUAUCCUACUAAUGACAAAGAAGUUUGUCAUAGACAGCAGCAAAGUUGGUUUUGAGUAUCGUGUAGACAGUCGAAACUGCAGGAGGCCUGGCUACUUAGGGUGUGAUGGCCUGGCAUUUUUUGUCGACAACAAGGAAAUGCUGACAUACAGUGGAAAUGAAUUUAAUUGGGUCAAAGCUACAUACAAUUUGACAAAGGGAUUUCAUACACUGAAAUGGAUCUAUCGCAAAAGUUGCUUUAGUUUUGGAACAUAUUCCUAUAUAGACAAAGCCUUUAUUCGAUCCAUAGAGUUGGUUGGCAUUAAGGAACCCAAUGUGAAAUGUAAAAAAUGCCCACCAGGUUUUUACAGUAACAAGAAAAGAGCUACAAGUUGUACACCAUGCUCAUAUUACCAGUAUCAAGAUCAGGAAGGCGAGAAAAGGUGCCAGACUUGUCCAGCAAAUAUGUAUUCUAUGCCUGGUGCAUCAGAAUGUGUCCCUCUUCUAAACUGCACUGAUGACGAUGUAAUUGCUGCUCCAGGAGAUGUGAGUUCAUGCACAUGUAACACAACAUCAAAUGGUUUACAAUGUACAACUACUGUGAAGCCUGACUAUAUCAAAGUUCAUGUUGCAAAUGUCGGUGAUCCCAGACUGCUUUGCAAUCCAUCAGGACAUCCCAGUCCUAAACGAUUUCAGUAUCAAUGUAAAUGUCAGGGUGGGUUUGAGAUAGUGAAUGGUACCGGAGGAAAACUGCAGUGUAAGCCGUGUCAAACUGGGUUCAAGUCACUUGGAGUCAAAUGUGAGCACUGUCAGGCUGGUCAUGUGGCGUUACCAGGGAAACAUUACAGUAUAUGGAGAAGUAACACUUUACCUGAAGGGUUCACCGCUAAUUGUACUGGAGAUUGCGCCGUGAAGGGUGGUUGGAUACCUUCCGGCGAUGUUAUCCGAACAGCCCGCGUUGUUGGAGAUGUACGUUCUUAUCUACAGUCACCAGAAUUUACAUUUGACUCCGAGUUAGCGAAAAUCGCUUUCAACUGCUCCAUCACCUGUAAUUUAACAGGUGUUUCACCAAAGGCUUCACCAGGUGAACAUCUCGCUCAGAUCCAAGACUGUAACUUAGUAUUUCAGGUUUGGAGUAAUAGCACGAUUGUGGAUGAAUUAAACUGCACACGCCCUAGAGGUAGAUAUGUUUACAGGCAUGAAACUAAACGUGAUGGCAGAGUUGCAAGGCAUGUGUACCCGCUCAAGAAAGGACGCUACUCUUUCAGAUGGGUUUUCAUCCAACAGGACGAGACACGAAUGCUUUCCACUGCAUUCGAGGGAAAGCUUUACAAUAUCAGUGUACUCGGGGUGCAGAACGGAACAGCCAGGAACUGCACAACAUGCCCAGCUGGGUACAAUAGCACCCGAGGAAACACUGAUUGUACAAUAUGUCCAAAUGGAACCAGCGCCUCACCUGGAGCAGAUAAAUGUAUACCCUGUAAAGAAGGAACCUAUGCUGCUGAAAAGGGAAGUGCAGAAUGUCUCCCGUGCGGUCAAAACACCAAGUCGCUGCCAGAUAGAGAUGGUUGUGACACGAACAACUGUAUGUUCAAGCCUGCGGAUGAUGUUUUGUAUGACCUCAGUAAACUCUCUCGCCCAGGAGGGCCGAUGAUUGAAGCAUUGUUCUAUCGCCCAAGUUUACCUUGGCAACGACGUUUGAGCAUUUGGCCAUUCCAAAGAAGUAUUCACUUCAAUCUCUGUACCCGUAAUCACGAUAACUCUUCAUGUGUUUCCCGUGAUCGGGCAACAGGAAUACACACUCCUCGGCCCGUGAUGUCGUGCAGGUCGUCGUGGUAUACACGUGACAUAGAUUUGGGCUCUGUGAUUGGCUACCGAGCUAAGAAAGACAUCCGAUCGGGUUUGUUUGUGGACCUGCUUAACGGGGACAGCUGUUACGACCCUGGCAAAAAGUCGUCACGCUAUCAAACCACACUUGACCUCAGGUGUGACAUUAGAGCGGGUGUCGGUAACCCAGCCCCCGAAAACAAUCGCACGAGCCCAUUGAGUGGUCGCUGUAAAUACGUCUUCGUGUGGAAGUCGUUGUACGCUUGCCCAAAAUGCCGCUAUGGUGACGUGACGCGAAUUACCGGCGAAUGCAUCAACGGAUCGCGUAAUGUGACCUACUUUCGCAAAUUACCUUGUUGGAGGUCUGGUGACGACUCGGAACUUCCAUUGACUAAUGCAACAGAAGAGUGUGAGACACCAACGUCAACUGUUAUAGUAAAGGUAACGGUCAAAGUGAAGGAAAAUGAAACGAAUGCUUAUCAGACACUAAAAGAGAAAAACAAAGUCAAUAUGGCUUUGAUUGGUGUAGGAGUCGUCAUUAUCGUUAUCCUGGUAGGUGUAGCAGCCUUUUUUGUGUACAAGCAUCGUGCCUUGAAGUAUCGCUUUUACGGCAUGUUGGCUAGAGACAAACCCAUGAGCCGUCUCGAGGAGGAAGAUGAGAAUAAUUUUAUCCACGAUGAUGAGCUAGCAGAACCCUACCAAGAGACGUCAUCCACUGUGAGGACCUAGAAAACUUCGUAUAUCCAUUCGUUGAGCCCACUCAAUUCCCAAACGUUAAGAUUUUUAGAAAGUAGGGUUAUUUUCGAACUGAUUUUAUCAAUACUAGUUUUCCUUCAUUUUAGUGUACUCUAAAGACCAUGUAAUUUUCAUCACCGCCAUCAAAAUCUCACCUGACCACGGUCGAAACUACUCCGGUUAUCGCAACGAAUCAUUCUUUGAUUCAAGUGCAUUUUUUUCUAAAACUCCUCAUUGUUCAAAUAAUAUCACCAAGCGAUGGAUCAAAGAGGAGAGCGAAUUUUUUACGUCCUAGAUAAGCGGCCUGGCUACUUAAUAAGCUUCAAAAUGGCGGCGGUUAGGAGACGGUCAGUCUUAUUUUAUAUUUUUAAUGGCGGAGAUAAAAAUUAUAUGGUUUCUGGAAUAUGUUUUUCCAUUAAAAAUUUAAAGGUGAGCUCGAGAUUUAUAGUGGUAGAUAGUGGUCGAGGGACAAGGGUUUUAAGAACUUUUUCCACAAGCGGCUGCCGAUGAUCUGCUCGCAGGCUAAAAAGACCAAAGCAAGAGGUCUCAAAAGCGGCGGGGGCGUGUAUUAUCCAACUGCACAAAAUAGAGUACAAAUCAGUGGCGGAUCUAGACCUUGAGUUAAGCGGGAGGCCCGUUUUUAUUUGUGUGUGUAUUCACCUGCCGGGUAUUCUUAUUUUUUUAC